GACCCCUAAACUGAUAAAGCCCAUAGCAAUUCUUGCCAUUUUGGAGCGGUGCAACUUUUUGCCAUAUGGAGCUCAGGCCGCCGCCGCCCAAGCACCACCACCACCGCCGCCGUCGCGGCGGCGGCGGCGAAGACGGCGGGGAGGAGGAGGAGGAGGAGACUGGCCGCCUGUCGCUGCGCGGCGGCGGCUUCUGGCGGCGCCACGACGGGGAGGAGGAGGAGGAGAAGGGCGGCGGGAGGAGGGGCGAGAUCAAGGAGGUGGACUUCUUCUUGGGCGCCAGCGGCCGCGAUGUCGUCGUGGCCUCCCGGCGGCACGACGACGGCUUCCGCGGGACGACGCAUGGCGGCGGCGGUGGCGGCGACGUCAACAUCGGGCUAGACUUGCUGACCACCACCACCGCCGGCGCGGCGGCGGGUGGUGCGGCGGCCGGCGCCGGCGAGGAGGACACGGGGAAGAAUCAUAGAAAGGAGGCGACGACGGCGGCGGUGGAUGUGGAGCUCCGGCGAGUGGUGGAGGAGAACCGGCGGCUGCGGGGGAUGCUGGACGAGCUCAACCGGAGCUACAGCGCGUUGUACCAUCAGUAUCUGCAGGUCACGCAGCAGCAAAACCAUCGCCAUCCUGAUCAUCACCUGAUUAUGAACAACAACAACAACCGGCCUUCACUAGCUCAAACACACCGGACCGCGGCGACGACGACGGCGACGACGCAGCAAUUCCUGGAGCCGCGAGCGUCGUCCACGGCGCAGGCCACCGCCGACGCGGACAUGGCAGCGUCCGACGACGAGGCCGGCCGCGGCGGCGGCGACGGCGACGCGUCGUCCCCUUCGCUGAGCAACGCCGCCGGCGGCGGCGGCGGCGGCAACAAGAUGAGGAGGGUUGGUGGUCAAGACGAGACUGCGGCGGCGGCGCCGGCGAGGGAGAACGGCGAGCAGCAGGCGGCGGCGGCGGCCGAGCUGCCGUGCCGGAAACCGAGGGUGUCCGUGCGUGCGCGAUCCGAAGCACCAAUGAUUAGUGAUGGGUGCCAAUGGAGGAAGUACGGGCAGAAAAUGGCAAAGGGGAAUCCAUGCCCGCGAGCGUACUACCGAUGCACAAUGGCUAUCGGAUGCCCAGUCAGGAAGCAGGUGCAACGGUGCGCCGAGGACAAGACCGUGCUGAUCACCACCUACGAGGGCAACCACAACCACCAGCUGCCGCCGGCGGCCACCACCAUGGCCAACACCACCUCCGCCGCCGCGGCCAUGCUCCUCUCCGGCCCGGCUGCCAGCCGCGACGGCGCCGCCGCCGCCCUGCUCGGCCACCACCACCACCACCACCCGGCGGCGAUGUUCCACCAGUCCUUCCCCUACGCCUCCACCAUGGCCACGCUCUCCGCCUCCGCGCCGUUCCCCACCAUCACCCUCGACCUCACGCAGACGCCUGCCGGAGGCGCCGGCGCCGCCAGCCUGCUGCACGCGCUCCACCGCCCGCCGGUCAUCCACCCUGGUGCGGCUGCCCAGGCGAUGCCGUUCGCCGUGCCGCCGCAGCUGGCGAUGUACCUCCCGCAGCAGAGGGCGGCGGCCGCGGGGCUGGGCGGCGCCGGCGCCGCCAGGCAGCCGUCGGUGAUGGAGACGGUGACCGCCGCGCUCGCCGCCGACCCAAACUUCACGACGGCGUUGGCGGCCGCCAUCUCGUCCGUCGUGGCGGGAGGGGCUCAUCAUCAGGCUCUGUCCACCACACCCCGUGGCAGCGCCGCCGGCGCCGGAGACGGCAACGGAAACGGGAGCUCCGCCGCGGCCGUCGCCACCGGCGCCGCCUCGCCGGCGGCGACGGCCGAGGCACCUGCGGCGUCCGGAUCACCUCCUCGGCUCGCGACGCAGUCCUGCACCACGUCGAAUUGAUCGAUCACAGAGACAUACGUGACAUAUAUCAUAUACUAGUAUGAAUCAUUCAUGCGUGCACGCAUGCGUGCAUGACGCCCACACAUACUUGACAUACAUACCGUUUUUUGUUUUGAGAUUUGAGAUCGAUACAUAUACUUCUUGUAUUAUGUACAGUAAAACGUAUGGAGUAAAUAGUAGUUACUAGUAGAUGAAUUGAUUAUAUACACACAGAGUUACUGAGAAAUUAAUUAAUAUCACUGUCUUAGUGUCUUU